AUGAACAUCAAUCCCAACACAGUCCUGCCAAUUGCUUUCACAACCUAUGUUCUCUACAAGGCUCUCUCUGUCUCUGAUAAUACACGCGAAAUCACAUGGCAAGAAUUCAGGUCGACAUUUUUAGAUCGUGGUCUCGUUGAUCGUCUUGUGGUCUUGAACAGAAACAGAGUCAAGGUUUAUUUAAGACCUGAUGCACCGGGUCAGAUCCCUGGAACGUUGGGACAACCUUAUGGAACUACUUAUACCUUUAGUAUUGGGUCAGUAGAUGCAUUUGAACGUAAAAUGGAGGAGGCUCAGAAUGAACUGGGUAUCCCUGGCUCAGAGAGGAUCCCGGUUUCGUACAGAGAUGAAGUCAACGUGUUGGGCACUUUACUUCAUUUUGCACCCACGCUACUCCUUGUCGGGGUGCUUGUUUACAUGGCUAAAAAGGGAGGUGGAGGUGCUGGACAGGGUAUCUUUGGGGUGGGCAAGUCCAAAGCUAAGAUGUUCAACCGGGAGACGGAUAUCACUGUCAAGUUCAAGGAUGUUGCAGGUAUGGACGAGGCUAAGGUUGAGAUUAUGGAGUUUGUAAAAUUUCUCAAGAAUCCUGAAGCCUACAGAAAAUUGGGAGCCAAGAUCCCCAAGGGCGCUAUUUUGAGUGGGCCACCUGGAACUGGAAAGACCCUAUUGGCAAAGGCGACGGCAGGUGAAGCAGGAGUACCCUUCUUGAGUGUCUCUGGAUCAGAAUUUGUGGAGAUGUUUGUUGGUGUGGGAGCCUCACGCGUUCGUGAUUUGUUUGCGAGCGCCAAGAAGCAUGCACCUUGUAUUAUCUUUAUAGAUGAAAUUGAUGCUAUCGGAAAGGCUCGAGGUAAAGGAGGCCAUUUUGGCGGCAAUGAUGAACGUGAGAGUACAUUGAACCAGCUUUUGGUGGAAAUGGAUGGAUUUGGGUCGGAUGAGCAUGUGGUUGUUUUAGCAGGAACUAACCGGCCAGACGUAUUAGAUGAAGCAUUGAUGAGGCCUGGUCGUUUUGAUCGCCACAUUGCCAUUGAUCGGCCUGACAUCAAGGGUCGACAGGAUAUCUUCAGGGUCCAUUUGAGGCCCAUCAAGACAGACGAAGAUCUCAAUAAGCUCUCACAGAAACUCGCUGCCUUGACACCCGGAUUCUCAGGAGCAGAUAUUCAUAAUGUCUGUAAUGAGGCUGCGUUGAUUGCUGCAAGGCAUAAUAAGGACACGGUCGUGGAAGCAGACUUCGAGGCAGCGAUUGAGCGUGUUAUUGUGGGACUGGAAAAGAAGUCUAAGGUACUUUCGCCAGAAGAAAAGAAGACAGUGGCAUAUCAUGAAGCUGGACAUGCGGUUGCAGGAUGGUAUCUGGAGCAUGCUGAUCCAUUGUUGAAGGUAUCGAUUAUUCCGCGUGGCGUAGGAGCAUUGGGAUAUGCUCAGUACUUGCCAAAGGAUCAAUACCUGUAUUCGACAAACCAGCUGAUGGACCGCAUGUGUAUGACCCUCGGAGGACGCGUCUCGGAGCACAUCUUCUUUGGUAUUAUUACUACUGGUGCACAGGACGAUUUACAGAAGGUUACUAAGAUGGCAUAUGCUCAAGUUGCAACAUAUGGUAUGGAUCCCGAGCUUGGGCCAUUAUCAUACGGCAACCCUGACAAAGAGAACCAGUUCACUAAGCCCUAUAGUGAACAGACAGGUCAGUUGAUUGAUAACCAGGUCCGUUCGCUGAUCAAUCGGGCAUUCCGCAAGACCACAGACCUGUUGACGGAGAAACGUGAUGAUGUUGAGAAAGUGGCCAAGCUGUUGAUGGAGAAGGAGGUGUUAAGUCGUGCAGAUAUGGAGCGUUUGUUGGGUAAGCGGCCUUUCCAGGACAAAUUGCAUGAACUAUUGGGUACAGAAGCUGCCGGUCAAGAUGAGGAGCAUAUCCCUGGAUCAUCAUCAGCCCCUACGAUGGAUACGCCACCACCUUCACCAUCACCUACACCUCCAUCUGCAUAA